AUCUUCUCAGUACUAAAAGUCUUAAAAACUCAAAAAAAUAUGGCUACAAGCGCGAGCCUUGUUAAAGUUUCUGGAGCCGAUGCGGAGCUAAACGAAGCUAAACUCAUCUCCAUCUGGGAGGGAAUAACUGAGCUGAUCCUGUGGCGCAACUGGAUAAAGUCGAUGCUUGCAUUCGUAAUCCUACAGACCAUAAUGUAUGAUAUGCUUUCUGAACCAUUUGUGUUCGUGGUGAGCGUAUGGGCUUUGAUAAUCAUGGUCAUAUCAAUGGGGUACCGUUUUUUGGUUCAGUACACUAGUACCCAUAUCCAGAACAACAGCUAUGCGAAAUAUUUUGACAAAGACUUAAGAAUCUCUCAGGAGCUAUCUAAGCAACUGGGUGUUCUAGUUUCAAGCCAAGUUGUUGGGUUUCUCAAUAAUAUACGAGAGAUAUUACUAGUAAAGAGCUUUUCGAAAUCAUUCAAGUGGCUUGGGAUUCUCCUACUAAUUAGCAAAUUUGGAAAGCAGAUUAACUUUCUUAUUGUUGGCCAAUUAGGGCUGUUUCUACUCUUCACAAUUCCCAAAAUGUGUGAAAUGAAUAGACGUUUAUCAAAAAUUGUAGAACUUCCUAAAUAUAAUAAACAAUGUCAAAUUGCCAAAGUAAACGCUUCGACCGAGACCCAGAAUGCAAUGGACAUGGAAUCCCUAAAAGAGUGCAACGGGGACACCAUAAAGCUAAUUGAAAAGCAACCAGAAGGUAUGGAUCUCUCACCCGGCUGUGAUACAACCAAGGAGUCCCAGGGUGCUGGCGAUGAUCAUAAAACCUUUAGCGUAAAGGCGGAAAUAGACAGUGAUGAUUUUGAGCGACUUGCCGAGUCCUGGUCCGACGAAGAUACACUUACUGAACAAAAAAAUUAAUACAAGACAAUUCAAACAAUU